AGGUUUACCCUUGUGAUGAUGAGGGAAAAUCAGGAUGACGAGUAGAUCAUCGAUAGCUGUUACUCAUCAAAGAUGUAGCUAGCUAACCGGGGGGGCGGUAAACCCGAAAACCACGAUGGAGCAACGACGGGCAGCGGCUUAGCUUCAGCUGGGAACCGAGUUGAAUUAAAACCUCACCAGCUUUUACACAGUAACCGAGUAACGGAGAGCAACAGCACGAUAUGCAGUCAUGAAGCGUGUUCGCACUGAGCAGAUCCAGCAUGCCGUGACUCAGUACCUGAAGCGGAGGCAGUAUGUGGACACGGAUGGCUCCCUGAAAGGAGCCAAGCUCUUCCAGUCAGCGGAAGAGAUGGCUGCCAGCCUCACAGCGCAGACAGAGUCGGGCUGUGCCAACAUCGUCUCGGCUGCUCCCUGCCAGUCCGACCCCCAGCAGUACGAGACCCAGUACUCCAGGCUGCGCUCCUUUCUGUCAGAAACUGAAAUAUCCUGGGCGAAGGAGGUGAGCAGCCUCCUCUACCCGCUCUUCGUCUACCUCCACCUGGACAUGGUGCGCUGUGGCAUGAAGGGGGCCGUGGACGGUUUCUACAGCCGUUUCCACGGCGCCUUUCUCCAGGACGGCGAGCAGCGCGCCACCAUCGAGCAGCUCCGCCACGUUCUCACCGCGCAGGACGUCGCCGCCAACCCCAAGCUGAGCGCCUUCCUGGAGCACAAGUACGUGGUCCACCUGACGGAGCCGGCCUACAGCUACCUGCUGCGCUACCUGCAGAGCGAGGACAACGGCGCCCUCUGCCGGGCUCUCAGCACACACCUGCAGGUGGAGGUCUCCGCCUCGAGGCGCACAGACUACCAGCUGUACGGCGCUGCCGGCGGGCCGACCGCCGCCCCGAACUCCACCUCCUCCUCCUGGGCGGGAUUGGACGGGGCGGAGGGCGGCGAGGGGGUGGAGGUCCCCGCAGGGAUCCCGCAGAGCGAGGCGGCCCUGGAGGCGCUGCAGGACUGCAUCAAGAAAGUCCGCGAGGGCCCCCCGACGCUCACCACCGUGUGCUUCUACGCCUUCCACCACACGGAGCAGACGCUGAACACGGCCGAGGUGUCGGCCGACAGCCGGCUGCUGGCCGCCGGCUUCGACAGCUCCACGGUGAAGCUGUGGAGCCUCCGGGCCAGGAAGCUGAAGGCCAAACCGCAUCGGGCCGACGUGUCGCUCAUCCACCUGGCCUGCGACGUACUGGAGGAGGAAGCAGAUGAAGAGGACGCCUCCGGCAGCGAGAUAAAGACGCUGCGAGCCCACAGCGGCCCGGUGUUUCGCACCGCCUUCCUGACGGACAGCUCGGGCCUGCUCUCCUGCUCCGAGGACACCACCAUCCGCUACUGGGACCUGGGCAGCUUCGCCAACACGGCGCUGUACCGGGGCCACGCCUACCCGGUGUGGGACGUGGACGUCAGCCCCUGCAGCCUCUACUUCGCCAGCGGCUCGCACGACCGCACCGCCCGCCUCUGGACCUUCUCUCGCACUUACCCGCUGCGGCUCUACGCCGGCCACCUCGCCGACGUCGACUGCGUCAAGUUCCACCCAAACUCCAACUACCUGGCCACCGGCUCCACGGACAAGACUGUCCGUCUGUGGAGCACCCAGCAGGGGGCGUCCGUUCGCCUCUUCACCGGCCACCGCGGCCCGGUGCUGUCCCUCGCUUUCUCCCCCAACGGGAAGUACUUGGCGUCGGCCGGCGAGGACCAGAGGGUGAAGCUGUGGGACCUGGCGUCAGGGGCGUUGUUCAAAGACCUGCGCGGACACACGGACAGCGUCACCAGCCUGUCCUUUAGCCCCGACAGCAGCCUGGUGGCGUCGUCGUCUAUAGACAACUCGGUGCGGGUGUGGGACAUCCGGAACUCCCAUGGCGGGACGCCGGCCGACGGAUCGUCCGGCGAACUGGUGGGACUGUACACGGGGAACACCAGCAACGUGCUCAACGUGCAGUUCAUGGCCUGUAACCUGCUGCUGGUGACGGGGACCGCACAGGAGAAAGCAGAACCGUAGCCGCGGCUGUCUGGGUGGGUUUUUUGUUUUUGUGUUCGGGAGAAAAGCUCGAAUAUCUCCAGAACAGGGCUGCACGAUAUGAGGAAAACACACACACACACACACACGCUGAUAAAUAGGAUUGGGCAUUAAGAACCGAUUCCUACUUGG